AUAUCGAGAGUGAGGCGUUGAAUGUUUGAUACUGAAUACUACUGAUACAGUUCUCUCUCCAACUUUAAUGGCAUUCGCUCUCUCUCGCAUUCUAUAAACAGUCUCGCAUUUGUUCACGGAUUAUUAUUAUUUUUAUUUUUUUUAUUUUGAAUCUCUCUGAAAAAUGGAGCUGGAUCUUCAGAAUCCUUUGACGACGAGUUACGAAGACCUCCAAUACGACGGCGUUCCGUCUCUCUUCUCCAAUGAGUCCGACCACAUGUCCUCCUCUCUUCUCUCUUUCGACUCCUCCGAUUCGCGAUUCUCUAUUCGCCGGAGCGCCGUCGCUCUCCUUUCUCAUGCGAAGUUCUCGUACAAUUUAGAUCCGUUUCUGGUGUAUCUCUCUGUGAAUUACGUCGACCGUUUCCUCUCCAAGCAGCGAACUCUGGAGAAAAAGCCAUGGAUUGCGCAGAUUCUGGUAGUUGCAAGCCUUUCACUUGCCGCCAAGAUGAGAAACUCCGAUUUAUCUCUCCCAAUCUCCGAUUUACAGCAGAGAGAAGAAGGUUUUGAGUUCGAAUCGCAGUCGGUUCGUCGAAUGGAAACGAUUUUACUUUCGACUCUGCAAUGGCGUAUGCGAUCCAUCACUCCUUUCUCAUUUCUCCAAUACUUCAUCUCUCUUAUCAAAACCGACAACGACGACGACGACGACUCGUCCUUAACUCAAUGCCUCAACCGCCGAGCUUCAGAUCUAAUUUUCAAUGUUCAACACGAAAUGGAGCUUUUGGAGUAUAAACCUUCGAUAAUAUCAGCUUCAGCGCUUCUCUGCGCCGUCCACGGAUUAACUCCGCUCAUGUUUUCUUCUUGCGAAGAAGCAAUUUCUUCCUCCGAAUAUGUUAACAGAGGUGUAUUGUUGGAAUGCGUAGGUGCGAUGCAGGAGAUAACAAGGGAGGGGUACGAGCAAAGUAGUGUUCAAGCAUCGGCGAGUGGUACGGUGACGCCGAUCAGUGUAUUUGACUGGCAAGGUACAAGCACGGUAAGCGAGGAAGGUACCACCGAUAACAGCGUUAAGCGGCGGAGGUUAAAUGGUAGUAGUAUAUGUGACAGUAUCACUUUCCAGAUCUCCCAAAUUCAGCGGUGUUAAUUAGCGCCGCCUUGUAAAAGUCCAGAGUCAGCGUUUCUUUAUAAAAAGAUUAAAAAAAAAAAAAAAAAAAAAAGCAGAAACAUAAGUUUCGUUUCA